GGCCGGGAGCGGGGUAGGCUGCGCCCGUACUUAAGCGCGCUGCCCGAGCCGCUGACGUCUUUCGAAUUGGAGACGGGCUGUCCCCCUCCCGCCCCGCGCUCCCGCGGACACGGCCGGGGACGGAGAGGUACAAGUGUCUGUCUAGAAUGUCCAGGCAUGCACAAAAGCUUAGAGAUCACGAUAUAAAUCCAUGUGUAGCGGAAACAGAUGCCACUACAAAAUGUCUGGAUGAAAACAACUAUAAGAAGGAUAUGUGUACUGCUUAUUUUUUGAAGUACAAAAACUGCAGAAAAUUCUGGCAUGGCAUUAUGAUGCAAAGGAGAAGAAAUGGUGUGAAACCAGAGAUGCCCUCAGCAGACGAGAGAAAGAAAAUCUUGGAGUCAAUGGGGAAGCCUUACUGACUAGAAACUUGAAUUGACUGUUUUCUCUGUACAUAUGAAGAUUUACCAGCAGCAAGUUACUGUUUUAUGAACUGAACUCUACGGUUGUCAUAUCUUGGAUUAAAAUAAGAUCUUAAGUUUUGAAAUGUGUGAGCUUUCUAGGAUAGAACUUCCUGGUUUGAUUCAUACUUCCUGUCAUGGGAACUUGACCUUUUACUGGAAGACAUGAAUAUCACCACAACUUAUGUCUAGAUACUUUUGGAAGUAGAAACUAACUUGCUUUGAAAUGCUAAAUAUAAAAUUAACAGGACCUGCAGAAAGUCUGAGUAAAAAGAGGGGGUGAUGAGUGUUGCAGUGUGGUUCUAAGACUGGAGCAGGUUGAGAACCUGGUACAUGCAACGUGUUUCGUGCACCCAGCUAUUCUGCCCAACAGUAUGGAUUUACCAUGUGUGAUCUUAUCACUAUUUCCACGUGUGU